CAGUUGCAACUGCGUUGUCGCGCUGGCACAAUUCAAAGCUGAAAUCGGAAAAUAUAUAUAUAUAUAUAUCUAAAUAUAAAUACAAAAAAAAAACUUAGACAGGCAUGGCGCUGGAGGCGUUCGUCACGGCAUUGGCCUGCCUCAGCACCACCGCAAAUUCCACCUCCAGUAAUUUGCCAGGAAAACACUUUUCCGUAAUAACGAGAAAUUCGGCAGAGCCUUUUCUUCUAGCUGAAAAAGACACCGCCAGUUGUCCGGUGAGUACUUUGGGUGGCCUAGCUGCUCGCAUACAAUUGAUGACCGAUGAGCUGCAAACGCUUAAAACUGAACUUAAUGAACUGCAGCAGCUUAUUGAGGAGUACAAAAAUCAGGACUCAGGACUCAUCACCACCAGAUUGCUCCGCCCAUUGCCGGCUAGUGUGCAGACCUUUCCGGUGCCCCUGGCUACGCCAACCGACGAUACGCCCCGGAAUUGCCACGACGAGAAGCACGGCCAGGUGCGGAUCCGCAUUGCGCCGGACGUGGAGCCAUUCUUCGCGAGCUGCGACCAGAAGGUGAAGAAUGGCGGCUGGAUGGUCAUCGCCUACCGGUUCGAUGGCAGCCAGGAGUUUAACAAGGAGUGGAAGGACUACAAGAGCGGCUUUGGGUCCAUCAACUCGGAGUUCUUCAUCGGCCUGGACAAGCUGCACCUGCUGACGAACAGCGAGCACCACGAGCUGCUCAUCAUAAUGCGGAACAAGAACGGGGAGGAGCGCUUCGCCCUCUACGAUCACUUCAGUAUUGGCAGCGAAUCGGAGAAGUAUCUGCUCUACGUCCUUGGCGCCUACCAUGGGGAUGCCGGCGACUCGCUGCGCUACCACGCGGGCAAGAAGUUCACCACCUACGAUCAGGAUAACGACGACAAUGGACAGAACUGCGCCAGGACCCACGCAGGAGCCUGGUGGUACGGCAGAGAGUGCUUCGAGAGCAACCUCUUUGGCACAUUCCAGUCAAAGUACGGCCAGGAGAUUGGCUACUUCAAGGGCAUCCUGUGGAAGACCUUUCUGCCAGGACCCAGUGGCUCGCUCAGCUACGUUCGCAUGCUCAUCCGACCGCUAAAGAAGUAGUGCAGAUAACUGGAAGCAGAAAAUUCAAUCGCAAAGACUCCCUAGCCAUAGACUACAAUAAAAGUCGAGUAUUUAGUAGUUCAA